GGCUGUUUGUUGUGGAUCUCGAAGGGAAGAUCUAUAGCUGCAAGCACUGCAGGACCCAUCUUGCUCUUUAUGACGAUAUUGUUUCAAGGUAUUCAAGCUUCACUAAAGUCGAGCUACUUGGAUGCUGUAUCCCCUUUGGUAUUGACAAAAUUUUGACAGCAUAUAAACUGAAAUGUAUAUAUUCCAUUUUGUUUAAACACUGCUCUCGUUUUGCUCUGCUUGGUUCAAAACCAUACUCGUAUAAAGGAACCAACCAGGCAAACAAGUGUGGAGCUUCGCCACUUCAUCCUUGGAUGGCAAAUGAUGUAUGUUAAAGGCAUUUUUAGUAAAUGGUGAAGCUUAUCACACCCCAAACCAUUUGCAGAAGGAACAUUCUAUAAGUAUCAUGAAUGAUGCUCUCAAGUAGCAUGAGAACUUGGGAAGGCAUCCUUGUUCAUGAAAAGUGACUGAUUUUCAGAUGCUUUGAUCAAUCAAGUAGCUUAUGUGCAUGUGUGUAUUUGCAUGCCUAUAAGUUGUCACAAGGAUUAUUAUAUGACAGUAGAUAAGCCUUAAGUGAGAUCGCAAACAGCAGUUUUCUAUAUUUUGGUUAUUGUCAAAGUGAGACUUGGACAGUAAUAUGCGUAAAAUAUUUCUUGAUGAUAGCUCAGCAUAUCGGGCUGUAUUGUGCUUUUACUUUUCUCAUUCUGUCCAGCAAAUGUUGUUUGGGGUUUUAAUGGGAUGCAAGUGCUCUGACUAUAUGUUUUGCCUCUGCUCUUUUAUUCAGUCUUUUCACUGCAGGCAUGGGAAAGCUUAUCUCUUCAAUAAGGUAGCGAAUGUAUUUGUGGGAGAGAAGGAAGAGAGAAUGAUGAUUACUGGGCUGCAUACCGUUGCUGACAUUUUCUGUGUUGGGUGUGGAUCAAUUGUGGGUUGGAAAUAUGAGACUGCACAUGAAAGGAGUCAGAAGUACAAGGAAGGAAAAUCUGUGCUUGAGCGGUUUAAGGUGUCUGGUCCUGAUGGAAGCCAUUAUUGGGUGAAUAAUGAACACCACCACAUCAGUGGAAGCGAUGCAGACGAUGUUUGAUCGUCUGUCUUGCCGUUUUAUAUUGUACAUUCUUCUCUUCUGAUCUUAUUUAACUAUCAACUAUGAAAAACUGAAUUCCUCAUUUGGACAGCUCUGUUAACCAGCUGUCAAUAAUUGAUUCUAAACAUGGAUUGUUGAUUCUGAUGAAUUCAUAUCCAGUUUCGUACGUCAGUUAAUGUAGAUAUAACAAUUGUUGAA